AUGGCGGAUCCGGCGACUCCCCACUUCAACCCGUUCCACCAGGACCCACCCGCACGACUUCCGUCAUCCUGGGCUGGAUCUUCAAGAGCCUCCAAUCCCAUCACACCUGGCAGUCUUCGCUCUCCUGCAUUUCCGAUGCAGCAGCAGGACGCAUACCUACUUCCCGCCAGUCCGGCGGCUGGCCGUCAACCAGUGGCAGAUUAUAGGCCUGGUGUCAAGAAGGCACUCGGCCAUGUCCCCGCAUGUCUGGUCAAUGCCUCGGUGACGUUUUGUAAUAACGAUCACAUCUACGCCUUCGGUGGCUUCGAUCAAUUCACCGAUGAAGUUUACAACCAUGUACUCCGUCUCAAUCUCAAUACUUUGCGGUGGGAGUUGGUAGAUAACUAUGGUGACAUCCCCGGUGUACGCAUGGGACACACCGCGACCUUGUACCAAGGCGACAAAUUGAUCGUAUUUGGUGGCGAGAAUGAACAUCGCGAUUAUCUUGCGGACGUCGUUAUCCUCGAUCUUCAGUCUUUUACAUGGACGGGGCCAGAAAUACACGGAAUUCCUCCUCGGGGAAGAGCACGCCAUGCCGCGGUCAUCCAUGAUGAUAAACUCUUUAUUGUCGGGGGAGUGACGGGGGAGAACAAUGUCAUAUUGGAUGAUCUCACCUACCUGGACCUACAAACCUGGACUUGGUCACGACCCAAUAUGGAACGAACGACCGAUAUCUGGUGGCUCGACCUCAAAGGCUCACCGUCGCUUACUGGAAUCGUCUCCUCCCAAGGUACCGUGGACACCCCGGAUGCACCAAUCACCUUCGCUCAUCUCCCAGAAUCUAUGUCUAGUACGCCGCAGCAGAUGUCCCCGCGCUCUGGGAUCUACGCCGCCAACUCCGCCAGCGUACAAGUGCGCAGCUUUGGUCGCCGUAAACCACUUGCCCCUGGCGCCAUCUCUUGCCUUAGGUUCCAUUCUGGUCCGCAUGUGCCCGCUCUCUUUUCAGGUACUCAUUUCCAGUCAUUCGCGUCCGGGGUCUUAUUGGACUUGAUUACUCCAUCGGAAACAGUGCGGUCUCACGACUGCAACUUGUCCGCUCUAGAGCUCAAUUCACUGCGCUGGCAACGACUAGCAGACGGCCAGGAGAUCUUCCGGCCUGGAUAUCGAUGGCACUAUUGUACAGUCAAUGAAGCGGGGACUAAGGCGUGGCUUCUGGGUUGUAGCCUUGACGUUCAGAAUACACCAGGAGCAAGUGAUGAAAAUCACAUGAGUGAAGUACUCUCGAUCGACUUGGAAAGAUACGGACUUCUCGGCAACGAGUUGUCAGCGGAGAUUCCCCAACAGGAUGUCCCCUGGCCAGCUGACACGGCAGGGCAAACGCCUGUUUCUGGGCUCGGGGCUGACCUCUCUGCCGUGUUUGAUCAGACCCCAGAGUCAGGAAGUGGUGCUGAUUUUGUUAUCACGGCGACGCGCGAUGAUCUCGACUUCAUGGUUGCAGAUAACCCUGAAGAUACUCCCUCCACCUCAACCACACAAUCGAAACCGACUUUCGUGGAGCCCGACUCCUCAACAUCAGUCCCUAUUCAUGUCCACAAGAUAAUCCUACAACUGCGCUGGCCACACUUUAAGCGCUUGUACUCAGCGCAGAUGGCAGAAUAUCAUACCAAGCGCAUGCACAUCCCGGAGCCAUAUUCGGUAGUCCGUGCAUUUCUCUACUAUCUGUAUACAGAUAGUAUCGCAGGCCAUCCUGAAUAUUGCUCGACUGUGGUCGAUGUGGCAGGCAUGUUAGUCAUGGCCAACCUUUACGACAUGCCGAAGCUGCGUCUUCUAUGCGUGAAUCGACUAAGUCGUGAGAUCGAUGUGGAGAACGCCGCAAUUGUCUGGGAGCGUGCCGGUAGAACCAACGAGCACUGGCUGAUGCGUCGAGCCGCACAGUUCUGCCUGACACACUGGGGUCGCGUGGUACGAACUGACGGAUUCAAGUCGCUCAGUCACACAAGUUUGAUCGAACUAUGCGAGGUGGUGGAUACAGAAGGUCGUAUUGUGGCAGGGCCAGAGCUUGAGAUGGUCAGCUCAUUCGGAGGAGAGUCCCAAUGUGAACGCGACAAGAGCUCGCGACUUCGGCUAGGUUCCGCGGCGGACGAGCUAUCUGAGAUGGAUGGUGAUGACGAAGGAAUGGAAAUUUCAUGA